CGCACGCGCAAACGAGUUUUUUUUUUGUUUUGUUUUUUGCCGCUUGAUCGCAGAAUCAUCCUACGUAGUAUCACUGUGUUUUUGCGGGGUUGCUGAGAGCAGUUCAUUCAGGUUAUCAUGGCGCUUAGAAGAUGCUGGAGGUUGACCGGUCUUCUUCUGAGACUUCCAGCCCCGCCAGGGUCUUCUUCCCCUGUGGGACGGCUAACUGUGUCCAGCUUUAUCAACACUUACGGAGGCUUCAAAAGCGCUGAGUUCCAGCUCCGCAGGUUCAGUUCUGAAGCACGGAACACAGAUGUGAGUUAUGAGCGGCUAAAGCAGCUCCUGUCUUAUGGCAAAGCUGUAGUUGUAGAUGUCCGAGAGCCCUGGGAGCUCAGGGAGUACGGCCUCGUCCCCGGGUCUGUGAACGUCCCAUUGGGACAGGUGAACACUGCCCUCCAGCUUGAUCCUGAGGAGUUCAGAGAAAAGUAUGACGGGGUAAUGCCCACGCGAACGGAUAAAAUUGUGUUUUUAUGUCUGGCCGGGAUCAGAAGCAAGACUGCACUCAACACAGCCGUUGCGCUGGGAUAUAGAGAUGCUCAGCAUUAUCCUGGUGGAUGGCAAGACUGGGCGGAGCGUGAACAACACAAGUGAUCCAAGGAUUUAGAAGUGAAAAGUUGCAUCCAGACAUGAGUCUGAUAAAAGACUAAACAAAUCGAUGUCCUGGUUCUGCCACACCACAACUCAACUGGUAUUGGUUCUGUAAGUCCAUGGAGCUCUGCUGUAGGGAUUAAACCCAGAUCUUCCAAACAUCAGUCCUAAAGUCUUCCACAAGUGGAGUUAUACAGUAUCUUGCAAAAAGGGCUCUAUUUAUAACUUAGAGAGGCAACUGGUUGCCCUGGAUUUUAUUUUCAGGUAUGAGUGUUAAUAGGGCUGAAUAGAAAUGCAUGCCACACUUUUCAGAUGUUUAUUUGUAAAGACAUUACCAAACGGUCAUUUUUUAUUUCCUGUCCGGUUCUGCUAGAGUUGCCUUGGCCACUUUAAUAAACUCCUAAUAAAACACA